AUGAGCGAGUGGAUCCUGCGCCUGCGCGCGACGCGGCCGCCCUGGUCCGUCCUCCUCAAGCACGCGGCGCGGCCCGACCCUGGAGUCGACUGCCACAGCGCGUGGUGCUUCGAGGUCCCGCCGUCUGAGCGGAAGGCGCUUCCGCCGCCGCCGGAGCCCAAGCUGGCCCCGUCACGCCGCGAGUCGCUCGACGGCCCGCUCUACGCCGACGAGCUCGCCGCGUACAACGCCGCUCGGCGACAGGAGCACGGCGGCGGCCAGGGCCACGGCGGCGGCCAGGGCCACGGCGGCGGCCACGGCCGGCGCCGGGGCCAGAAACGCGGCGGCGGCGACGGCAAGCCCACGAUGGUCCGGGAGUCGUACCAGAUCCGCGCGAACAGCCUCGGCGCGGGGCAGGGCGAGCGGCGCGCGUCCUGGUCGUCGCCUUUAAACUCGGGCGCCUACUCGUGCGACCGCGUCACCAAGUUCUUCUACGACGGAGAAGCGUACGACGGCACCGUCGCCGAGGUCACGGUCGGGGACGGACGCAAGAGCGACCUUUUCAAGAAACUCAUUGUCGACAUCUUCGCCACCUCGGCUCCGGUCAAGGAGUUCAUGGAAGAAGCUUUUCCACAACACGACGCUGAAGUGUUCACCGAGGCCAUGAAGCACAUCAUCGCCGCGGACCACUUCAAGUGGGACGUCAAGACACUCUACCCCGACCCCAACCAGGAGUAG